AGUUGAACAGUCACUGUCAGUCAGCUUCCAGACCUGUGCCACACUGCGGUGUCUCAGUCUGUUACUACAGCUAUGAAAAACCUACAUUUUCAGGAUUUCUUCUGGAACUCUGACUUGACCAGCACCGGUGGCUAUGAUGCGAUCAUUCAGUAUCUCAAUGAUGGCAAGAGGACGUGCAAGGAGGUGGAGGAGUUCAUGAAAGCGAGGGCGUCAAUUGAAGAGAAGUACGCUAAAGAUCUCCUGGGUUUGUCUAAGAAGGUGUGUGGACACAAUGAGAUGAACACAUUAAAAAGAUCCCUGGAUGUGUUCAAAUUACAGACUGAACACGUGAGUCUGUCACACCUACAGCUGGCACAGAGCAUGAGGGACGAGGCCAAGAAACUGGAAGACUUCAGAGAAAAACAGAAAGAAGCCAGGAAAAAGAUUGAACAGCAGAUGGAUGCUUUCCACAAACAGAAGUCCUCUCAGUUCAAGAAGACAAUGGAUACAAAGAAGACGUACGAGCAGAAGUGCCGAGAUAAAGAAGAAGCAGAUCAGAACGUGAAUCGUAACACCAACACCAACAACACAAAGCACAUAGAGAAGCUCUACUCAAAAGCACAACAAGCAAAACAGAAUGCAGAAGAAGCAGACAGGUUAUACCACCAGAAUGUGAAGACAAUGGGAAAGGUCAGAGAUGAUUGGUUGAAGGAACACCUCAAGGCCUGUGAGAUGUUUGAAAAACAGGCAAUGGAGCGUAUUAACUUUCUUAGGAACACGGUUUGGACUCACCUCAACCAGCUUUCCCUGCAGUGUGUGUCCAGUGAUGAGCUGUAUGAGGAAGUGAGGAAGUCGCUGGAGCAGUGUGAUGUCCAGGAAGACAUUGAACACUUUGUGAACCUCAGGCGGACCGGUGAUAAACCACCAACUCCAGUUGUGUAUGAGAAUUUCUACAGCGGUCAGAGAGCCCCAAUCGGAGCUCCUCCGCCUCGACUCCCUCCACCAAUCAUCAGGCGUGGGCCAUUACCUGAUCCAACAAACAACAGUAGGGAUAAUAAUGUCUACUCAACGGUGCAGGACGCAGGGUACAGUCUUAUUGAGUACUAACACGCACACAGAUCAGCUGGUGGAUUUAUUGUACUCCCUGUGCAGUGCUGGAGCUUUGUUAUAGACAUAAAGGACACUCAAGUCUCAUCACUUCCUCUUUUGUGAUUUCCUGUAAAGAUACCAGAUGGAAAUGAGUGUCAUUAUUGUGUGAGUUUAUCUGUUAAGGGGAGGUCAGGGUUUUUUUUCCCCCAAAAUCAACAAUAGCACAGUUUUAUAAGCAGAGAUAGCGUUUAUGUUCUUGUGUGUAUUUUUAAAAUCAAAAUUCAGGACUAGAGCUCAGUAUUUCAAUGUAAAGGACAUUCUGUGAAAACAAAAUGGCUAAAACUGAGAAGCAAAUAACAGUGCUAUCAGGUACUGAAUAUAUAUAAAAGUUAUUUUUAAUAUCCAGAUUUAUUAGAUAUUUAUAACCCACAUACCUGUAUUUAUAUUGUGCGAGGCCUAUUCUUCUACAUACGUACUUCUGAAUGUACCUUCACUUCUGUAUGCUUUAUGAAGCAACACUCUUUUUGAAUCAUACUCAUACUUUGAAUCCAUAUGUUAAACAUAAAAUGUUGUGUCAUCUGCAUACAAGUUGUCAUUUCCUCUUUAAUGUGAGUUAGCAUGUCCACUAACAGGAAAGUUGUGGUUGGACGUGAAGAUUCUUGACACUGUCUCACUUUUUUUUUGCUAAAGUCCGGUUUGUUGUCUUUGAACAUGCAUCCUGCAACAUUUUGUACAUCUUGCCAUGUAGCAUUGUUUUCUAUUGUGAGAAAGUUUAGUGCGAGGUGGACUUUGAAGUCAUUGAAUUGCUUAUUGUUGAUGAUUUCACAGGUUGUUGUUGCUUUUGGAGGACUUCAGAACUGCUGUUAAACUUUGCACUUUGAUUUUGCUGUAUCGGUUAAGAGCACAAUCAUUGUGUAGACAUUUCUGAAAAUGUGACUUAUUUUGAAACUGCAGAAGGGAAGAGGGAUUAAACAGCAUUUCACUGUGCAUCUGAGCUGCUGUUGGUUUUGUAAUAAUAAAUUGACUGUUUAUCCAUUU